AUGAGUAAAAAAAGUUCAUCAAAUUUGAAUAAUGGAAAUACCUCAAUUUUUAAGGAAAAUUCAUUUUUGACAAUAAAUUCACCCGCAACAAGGUGGUUUGAUUGGUUGAGUAAUUCUCAAUUAGAAAAAUGGUCAACUUUGUUAAGCUUAAUCUUUGGAAUUUAUAUAAAAUGGACUGUAGGUUUAAAUCCAUACUCAGGUUACAAUACUCCACCAAUAUAUGGAGAUUUUGAAGCACAAAGACAUUGGAUGGAGUUGACAUUAAAUGUUCCAAUUAAACAGUGGUAUUAUUAUGACACAGAAUGGUGGGGCCUUGAUUAUCCUCCACUGACAGCAUAUGUAAGUUGGAUUUGUGGCAAAAUAGGAUAUUUAAUUAACCCUGAAUGGGUUGAACUAGAUGAAUCUCGUGGUUAUGAAAGUACAGAACUUAAAAUAUUUAUGAGAUCAAGUGUGUUAAUCCUAGAAUAUCUGAUAUUUAUACCUUCAGUUUUAGUAUUUGUAAAUUGGUGGUUUGUUGAUUCAUGGAAGAAGAAAGAAAAUGUAUUAAGACAAAUGGGCUUAACAGUAAUUAUAACAUUUAGUGUGAUGUUUUUUCCAUUCUUAGAUUCACUUGAUCAGAUUACACAAGUGAUUUGGCGUAUUUUCCCUUUAUAUCGUGGAUUAUAUGAAGAUAAAGUUGCCAACAUUUGGUGUUCUAUAAAUGUGAUUAUUAAAUUACGUGAAUUGUUUGAAAUCUAUGUAUUAACAAAGUUGAGCCUUUUAACAACUCUUAUAGCUAUUUUACCAACUUGUUUUUACAUUGGAAUAACAACUGAUAAACAUCAACUUGUAUAUAGCUUAGCAAAUUGUUCUUUAGCCUUUUUUUUGUUUUCUUUUCAGGUACAUGAGAAAUCAAUAUUAUUACCAGCAUUGCCCAUCACCUUAUUAAUCAUGGAUGAACCAUUUUGGAGCCCUUUGUUUAUUAAUGUUGCAACGUUUAGCUUGUUUCCACUUUUGAGGAAAGAUCAACUAGUUUUCCCUUAUCUUAUUUUACUUUCAAUGUGGAAUUGGUUGGGCUCAUUCUUUCACCAAGGUACAAAAUCUUUAUUAUUAAGAAUUUUAUCUUGGUUAUCAUAUUUAUUUAUGAUUGUUUUUCAUAUAUUAGAAUUUAAGGUUUUGCCACCUGAAAAAUAUCCUGAUAUUUAUGUUGUCAUAAAUGUUAUUUUUAGUUCAGGAAUAUUUAUUUUAACAUUUAUUUAUUUUAAUUAUAAGCAAAUGAUAGACUUAUUUAGAAAGCAUCACCACCAAGGUUCUAAUGAAAAGGAUAAAGUUGAAUAA